UCUGUCACUCUACCUUACACAAGGGUAGAAGCUUCUUCUCUCUGGAUGAAUCCCUAUGCUUCUUCUUCGCAACUCCUUGGCGAUAUUUUAAGGCCCAAUCAUCAUGAUGGACAAUCCUGAACAAGAUGAAGGAACCCUCCCAGAACAGCGAGCAGUGGAAGUUGAGCGCAAACAGGAUGACGAUACAGUUCUGAAGAAACUGGAUGAAGAGAAGAUUCAAUUAAUAACCGACAUGAGGGAAAAGAAAGAAACAGACAGUCACGAACAGCUGGAAUGGAUGAAACGCAGACAACAAAGAGAACAGAAGGAGAAGGAUAAAGUACGGGAACUUGAAGAAAUGUCCAAGACCAAACAGGUAGAAUGGAGAAGUGAAAGAGCGAAGAAAACAGCAGGACAAGAGAAAAUUCUGCAAGAAAGAAAGGAAAGACUGAAGCAAUUUCGUGAAUUUCAAAGAAAAGUGCUGAAAGAAGAGACUGAUAUUCCCGGGACCGGUUUCUAAAGUUAUGAGAAAUAAAGAUCAACAAAGUCGAACAUUUAUUCAAAGGCUGAAUAAGAAUAUUUCAACAACUGCAACAUUGUGAAU